AAAAUUUCCGUAAACGUCAGUUUUGAUUAAAAAUACUAAUUAGAUGAAAUAAAAAAUUAUUGUAAAAUAAAUAAAAACCAAAAAAACUUAAAAAUAAGGUAAUUUUAAGUUAUACGUUAUACCAUACCAUUUAAAACGUUUAUAUAAAUUGCAACUCUAACCGCAAGACAAAUUUUGUCUAUUCGAGGCUGUGGCUUGUCUCUGCUGAAACCCAUAUUGAUAAGGUGUUACAAAGUAAAACAGAAUCAUAAAAGCAAAUAGCGGCAAAAUGUCAGUACUGCCACGAGGUAUUGAAAACUGUAGGCCAAUUGCAAGGUAUGGAUAUGUAACAGCUGAAAGUAGCAUUUACAAUAAAAGACCUCGAUGUGGACAACCGAGGCCGCAACCACACCAGAGGGAAACAACGGCUUAUUGUGGAGGACCCAGUAAUGUUCCCUUAGAAAAACCAUGCUGCUAUGAUUUUCCUUGCAAAGCGGAUUGCUUCAAUCACGGCGCUUGCACAAGGCCCAGUGGUCGAUACGCACGUACUGUUUGGUAUCCAGGAGAAUGCUGCCCGGUGGUUUUUCCCUGUCAAGCCUUCACUUGCCCAAAUCCACCUUACCAUCCAUGUUGUUACCAUACGUGCAACAGACAUGUGUAAAAGAAAGUCAGCUCAAACCUGUGUGUCCUUGAUGUCUUGUCUAUGUGACAGAUUAGUCUGUUAUCUACGUUUUUGGGUAUCAUUAUGUUAACACAGCUUAAAACAAAAAUUAAACAUGUUUGUUUUUUUAUUCACACUUUUAAAAGAGUCUAGAAUGACAUUGAGUAACCCAUUAGUCUUCAGUCUAAUGUCUCAGUUCAUAUAAUAGUGCUUGUUCAAUAAUAUUUGUAAAUAUGUUCUGGCUUCGUUCCGCCCACGUCUGUAUCUACUGAAUAGUAUUGAGUUUUAGACAGUACUUUUCGCGCGCUUUUCACAAACGGUUGGCUUUUAAGAGGUAUAAAAAACAUUAAAUUUAUACAGUUUGAGUGAAAAUUUUACGGCAUUGCAAUUUUAAGAUAUUUUUAAAGUGCAAUUUUGUGAUUGUUAGAAAAUGUAUUUUAUACCUGCUAUAGUCAUUCUUUUAUUUAUUGGAACUCUUGGAGCCCGUCAGCCGGACAUAGACAUCAACAGAAUAAAACUCUUGCCAAAAGAAGAUUUCCGUCACAGAACUUCAUUCAGUUUUCAAACUCGUCGAUCAGUUUUAGAUAUCGAUCGCUAUCGUAGAAAGUAUGAUCAUGACGUUGGUAGCCGUGGGUUCACCAGACAACAUGCGACGAUGCAAUUUUUAUACAAUACCCCAACGACUGCCGCUACGAAGGCGCCGAUCAAAAUCCACAAGCCACGAGAAGACCCACGCCUCUUCUAUCAAUCUGAUUUAUAUCUUCAAGAAGUUAAUAGGAAAAAUUUAAGCCCAGAACUAUCAUCAACUUAUUUGGGACGAGCGGUUGUUAGAACUGGUGGUGGAAGGGACAGUUCCGCGAAGCCUAUUCGGAUAAAAACAAGAACAAUAAACGAAAUUCCCCACGACAUCAGCUGCAUCAAGUGUCCGCGAGAUAGAACGUUGAUUGCUAAGGUUGGCGUCAGUAGAGUGAUGUUGCAGCCUCCUCGCUUACAGACAUGUUCCGGAAGAAAAGCACCUCGAGAUUUUAAAUUCGUUACCAAGUACGGACCUAAGCUUGGUACUUUAAUAGAAAGCGGUGUAUACAUUAUGAUCGGUCAUAUCGUGUACCAAAAUCAAAUAUUGAGGGCUUGUAAAGUGCAAAUUCACGUGGUGACUCAGUUUUGUCAAGUUCCAAAAUAUUUAAAUAUAAACUGCGACAGAAACCAAAAUAGAACGUGCAGUUUUACGUGUCGUGAUCCCACUACUGAGCCUACCGGUGCUAAUAGUCUCACAUGUCGUGAUGAUUUGAAAUGGAAUGGCCAUUUGCCUUCUUGUAAUGUUCGUUCAUGGUGUAAACCGCCGUUUCCACCAUCUCACGGCCGCAUCAGCUGCAAUGGAGCAACAGUAUCAAGCGGCCGAGGUCUCAAGGGGGGAUCGACAUGUAAAUUAAAAUGUGACAAAGGAUGGCGUAAAAGCUCUCAUUCUGUAACAAAAUGUCAUCGUGGUAGUUGGACGCAUGAACUGUCAUGUCAGAACAAGAACAGAAAACGAUAAAUACUAGUUAAAAGAUACAUCUAUUUAUUAUAGGUAUAUUACAUAUGUAUAUUUAUGUGAGUGAUUUGCUAAAUUGCGAUAUUAUUGAGUAAUAUUCACCAAAAACAUGACAUUAAGUUAAUAUCAACACGUAGGUAAGUUAUGAUUUUAAAAUGAAGUGUGUUUAACCCGGCGUCAUGGGGGAGGAAAAUGACUACACGGACGUGGGGGUGGGUCAUAUCUACCCGAUAUUUUGACUUAAGAUAUUUCAAUAAUAUUAAAAUAAAUAAUUAAUUAUUUUAUGGUAAUGACUUUAUUGUUUUACGGUUUAGUAAAUAAAACAAGAAUUUGUAUUGCAGAAUAUCGUAAUUAAAUCUUUAAGCCUUUCAAAACAUAAACACGUAAAAAUUAACAAAAAUGGCGUUCCUUAGCCUAAUCUCAUAUUUAUUUGCACUAAUUGAUAAUCUUUAAUUUUUUAUAGCUUUUAUGAACUUAACUACGAUAUCAUUAAAUAAAACUUACUUAAAACUAAUCAGAAUCAUCGUUGUGAAUACAAUCACUGCAGAAAAGUACGACAUGUUCAGGUGAAAUAUAUUUGUUUGCAACCAUAACAUGUAUGGGUUGUUUUGUAGUGUUUUUUCGCAGGACAUACCUAACAUUUCUUAUGAGUAUUGGGUCUCCUAGCUGAAGGCUCCUCCGAAUCUCCGCUAGCAAAUAAUCCUAUUUUUUUCGCAUUUCUCGAGGCAAACGUAUUACAAUCUGGCGGAAUCUCAGAAGUUCACUCACAAGGGCAAGGCCUAGUUUCUUCAGAUAUUGACAUCGCUUUUGGUUCGACUCAUUAUUGAUUCCAUGUAUGUAUGUAAGUCCGUUGACAGCAAACAUUUUGAAAAAGGCGUAGAAAACUCAAAAAAUAGUUUUUUGAUUUGCGACACACGUCAUAUUAUGGAGCGUAUAACUCAUCAGCCAUAUCCGCUCCAUAUUUUAUUGAAUUGUAAUACGUAUUUAUUUCUGACUUUCGCUUUUCUCCAGUUGAAUUAUCAAUACUGUUGUCAUAGUACAGACUUGACAUCAGCAGACUCCUGAUCAGAGGACAUGAUAUCUGAGUCAUAUGAUUCAAGAAUUGAUAAAAUACGUUCUCGUUCUCCUUCCUCUCGAUCCAUUUUUUUUUCGAUAUACCAAUAAAAAGAUAGUAAAAUAGUAAGAAACGAUAGUUCAAACAUAAAAUGUAAAAUAACAACACAUAAAACAAUGAAAAAGCAUAAAAGCCAUAUUUGGAAUCAAUGGCGCAAAACUGUUACACCGAGUACGGGGAUGGGUCAUAUUUACCUUUUUUUAACUUUGGUCACAGUUAGCCCCAAGCACGGUCGCAGCACAACAAAAUUAUUGUAAACAAUGCUUAGAGGAAGUCAUAAAUUCCAGCUAUUGAGAGGUACGGCACUGUCACUUGCGUAAUUACGAAUCUGUAAGCUAACUAAAACGUCUCGGGUUAUUUUGACCCAACCCCCAUGACGCCGGGUUAAAUGAAAGUUAUACUAAGCGUUCCAUAUCCACGGUAGUCGGUAGGCACUAUAUCAUUUCAUUCCCUGCCACGGAGCAACCGUGAGUUUGAAAUGACAGCCAUUGUUUUAGAAGCUGUCUUACCUGUAGGGACUCUUUUGAAACGUUAUUUGCAAAAGGACAAUAAGUGAGUGUCCAAGAAAAACUAUGGCUGAUUGGAUUCCAGAACCUUCACAAAAAAUAUCUCUCGAAACGCACUUUCGAUGAGUGCUACAAGUACGCACUCUAAGUGGAUCCAUACUAUAAAACAAAGGAAACCAGUCCCUCCGUAUUGUUUUUUAAUACAUUAAAAACGAUCCGUGAGAUUAGGAUUAGCGGCAACUCAAACGUCUUGGGUUAGGAGCUCAACACCAGCAUCAUAGGUAAUAAACUUAUUGGCAUACUGAAAUAUUGGCAUAUAAUAAUAACCCAUUGAUAAUACACUUAAUAAAUUAUUAAACAAAAAUGUAGAUCGGUGGUUCUUUUUCUUUUUUCAGUAUGGCUUUUGCGAUGCUAUUGUUGCCAGUAUCGAGUUUAUCAAAAUUUUCCAUUUUUAUAUUAUUACUAGGUAUUAUUAUAUAUAUUUACUGGCGGCAGGACAUCUUAUGAGCCCGCACAGAUGGGUAACACCUCCCUGCCUAUUUCUGCCGUAAAGCAGUAAUUCGUUUUGGUUUGAAGGGUGGGGCAGCUGUUGUACUGCAAAGCGGAGAAUUAGAACUAAUCUCUCAAAAUAGACAGUGGCAUUGACGAGGUUCAUGAAUAUGGGCUGCGGUGAUCUCUUAAAACCAGGUGGGUUCGUUCACCCAUUUUUGCAAUAAAGAAUAUUUAAAUAAGUGCGUGCGUUAUAAUUAUAGUAAAACUUCAGAUGAUGAAUAUUAGAUUAAAAUUCCACGUGUUUUUGUCAGCAUUAGAAAUUAUUAAUUAAAUAUUUUUUUGAAAUAAAAAUUUAGAAAAGAGAA